AUGCGGACGGUUGAGCCAAAUGAGCGCUAUUCACGUCGACGCGAGUGGGAGUUUGUGCAAAAGGAAAUAUCCAUCUACUCACGCACAUGCAAGAGCUACACGGUCGAGGCUUCUCAAGCAAAGACGGAAGACGCCGAGGGCAGCAGAAGCUUUCUGAGGACGGGAUGGCGAAAGGCUGAUGCCAAGACAAGGCUGCUGGGCGAGGCCACUCGCACUCCCACACACUCGCACGCUGUCGCCGAGCAAUUUCGCGCUGAGCUGGAGACGAUACCGCCGUGUUCUUGCCCGUGCCCGUGCCCGUGCCCGUGCCCUUACUUCUGCCCGCCCAACUUCAACUUCAACCUCACGUCGACCGGUGAAGCGCAGCACUGCAGGCCGUUGACGCCGCUCCACUUUUGCUGCCGACAGACCAUACCACGGACCACAACGAAUUUGACGGCCGGGGAACGCCCGUUGGGCCACUUUCGGAAGGCAAAGGUCGCAAGGCUGCGCAAAUACGGCCGCAUCCCGCUCAGCAGAAUUGGCAGCGCCAGAUCAGGCUGCUCUCGAAUGCAUGUGGUGAGUACGCUGAUUUCCCCCUUCUCACGACGGCAGUGCGAGACGCUGUGUCCUUCCCCCCGCGCCGUUGUGAGGACUGACGACGGCAGCAGCAGCAUCAUCACCCCUCCACCGCUCCACCCCUCCACCCCUCCAAACUUUCCUAUUGUCCUCAUUCACCGUCGCCCGCGGACACAUAGUGGUCCCAGCUUCGACCCACUCAGCGUGGACCUUCCUGCAGUAUCGUCUUCUGUCUCUUGCCCUUUCGACUUCCGCACCGCACCCGCACCCGCACCCACACCACCCACACACCUUCUGCCAUUUACAAUCGCCCUCUUUGACAUCUUGACCACACUCGCCACCACUCUGCCAUCUACCACCUUGCCAUCUUGCGCACCACCAUCCGCCACCCACGUACUUUCGCUAUCUUCAACCUUUGCGCACCACCGCACCGUUGGAUAUCAACCACCAUCUUUCCCACACAUCAAAAUGCCCACGGAACAGCGCGUUCGUUAUGAGCUGACACCCGCCAUGAUAAUGGAAGCCUUUCUCGACCAUAAUUGUAAGUUGACAGCCAUCCUCUCAACUCGCAUCUCCCGCUCACACCUGCGCAACGAGAAUGGCUUCAUCGUGAGGCAUUACAUGUGCGACGACGAGGAUGGGAAGCCACUUGGAAACCCACCACCGGAGGUUUUGAAGCUUCCCCCAUACGAGGUGCCCAAGAUGCGCAAGACCCAGCCCUACAACCCAUACCUUCAUUCACACAACGAAUUCGAGGACCGCCUGUACUACAUGCUGAAGUACGAGAUCGCAGAGAUGGAUCGCAAUGCCAUUCAAUCAGACUUCAAUCACCUGGCCCUCCCACCUAUGUCGCCCGAGCGAGAGCCUCCAUACAUGAUGGAAGUCCGCAAAGAAGUCCAAGAGGCACACCCAGACGCUCGAGGCGCGGUGUUGGGAGAACUGAUAUAUGAGGCAACGAAGAAGCAUAUCUACGCCAUCCAGCAGGGCGAGGCGGCUCUCGUCAGCGGCGUCCAGGACGAAAGCAGACCAGCACCGACCCAGCAGAAUGAGCCGAAAUUGAACACCACAACAACACCCAACGAAGUCAUCGUCAUUGAAGAUUCGCCUGUCCAAGCGCACGCCGCGCCUGUUGCUCCCACAUAUGCUCCGUCAUCGGCAAGCGAGAACCCACAAGAUCUCGCUGUGCAGUCUCAACUGGCUUUCGAGGAGCAGCAGCGACAGCAGCAUCGACAGCAGCAUCAACAGCAGCAGGUCAGAGCUGCAAGCCGGCCUCCCAGCCAGAACACACAGCGUCCACCGCAAGCUCUGCAAAGGCCGCUACCAGCUGCCAGGGCGGCGACUCCAAAGAAUGCUACUGCCAACAUGCGCUAUGUCGCUGCCACCACUCCGCACGCACCGCACAAAAUUAUGAAGAACGUCCCUCAGAACACCGCUCGUCCACAGUCGCGAUCAUGCGCACCAGCAGUAGGCGCAGCGUCGGUCAGAGUAUACCGCGGCCAGGCACGAGGAGUGCCACAAGCUCUGCACGCUUCUCGAUCCAUCGACCCGAGACAAUUUGAGGCAUUGCGCCAAAUGUACGGUCAGAAACAGCCACCAUUGACACAAGCUCAGAUGCCCGUCAUGCCUGCUGUCACGCCAGGUCACUCCCAGGCAGGGCGUCAGCACAUCUCGCAAUCGCCUGCCAUGUCGGGUAAAGCACAAUCGCGACAUCAGCACAUCCAGCGCCAACAGGUGCAGCCAGUCGGUGGAACUCAGACUGUCAACCCUCAGGACUUGCAGCGAAAGCCUCAGCAGCAUCUCCAACACCAACAGGUGCAGCCAGUCGGUGGAACUCAGACUGUCAACCCUCAGGACUUGCAGCGAAAGCCUCAGCAGCAUCUCCAACACCAACAGGUGCAGCCAGUCGGUGGAACUCAGACUGUCGACCCUCAGGACUUGCUGCGAAAACCUCAGCAGCAAGACACCCGUCAGCUGCCAAAGCACACCAACCCCGACUUCGCGCUUCAGCAGAUGCAAGCGAGUCGACAGCUGCAGACGAUUGGUGAGCAGCAGACACCAACUAUGCGCCCUAAAUCGGUCUCAACAGGACGGCAGACGCCAGUGAUGCCCCAACACAUGGCCCAGACACCAACGGUCUCAACAGGCCGGCAGACUCCAGUGAUGCCGCAAAACAUGGCCGCAAUGGGAAGACAGACACCAGCGAUGCAGCAAGACGCUGCUGAAAUGUGCCAGCAGACUCCCUCAAAGCGCCAGAAGACGUCUUCAACAGGAUGGCAGACACCAUUGAUGCAUCAAAAAACGGCUGUGAUGGGUCAGCAGACUCCAACGCGGAAUCAGAUGCCAGCUGACCAAAUCACACCAAGCGGUCGCCAAACGCCAGCGAUGCAGCAGCAGAUUUAUCAAGCGCCGGCGAUGCAACAGCAGAUGCAGUCUGACCAACGAACGCAGAUGAUGCAGCGUCACACUCAGGCUAUGCAGAGGAAGACACCAAUCGGCCAGCAGACGCCAACGACGGCGCCAAUGACGCAGCAACAACUGCAGUCGAUGCGACAGCAGAUGCCAAAUGGCCAGCAGACACCGAUGAAGACACCAGCAAUGCAGCGUUCGGUAUCGGCCAGCCAGCAAACACCUACGAAGGCACCAGCAGUGCAGCGUGGUACUCCCGCAAUGGGAGUGCAAAUGCCAACCGGUCAGCAGACACAAGUCAUGCAGCAUCAAAUGUCGGAAAUGUGGCAGCAGAUUAUGACUGGCGUGCCACAGUAUCAGAACGCAGCGAUGCAACAACAGAUGGCAAUCGGCCAGCAGACACCACUGAUGCAACAUCAAAUGCCGGUCACUCGAGAGGAGAUGGCUCUCGUGAUGAUGCAGCGUCGGAUGCAGGCGCAGGCGCAGGCACAGCAGAUGCAUCUCGGCCAGCAGACGCCAAUGAUGCAGCAAUAUCAGACUCCGGCGAUGCAGCACCAUCAGACUCCAGCCAUGACCCAGCACACACCGAACGGCCAACACCAACCGCCUAUGAAAAAAGCGCACGAGCGUGAAGUCUUGAGGCAGAUGAUGAUGCGUCGGAACAGCAGCCAACAACAGCAGCUGCAGAAUCGACAGCAGUACCAACAGCAGUUUCAACAGCAGCAGUAUCAACCACAGCCACAGAUCACCACUCCACCACAACCACGACUCCCGCAAAUGAGCGAAGAUGAAAUCAUGAAUCAAUUCUUCUCAGACUUGCGGCAGCUGCAGCGUCCAUUCCCGAAAUUUUUGUUCAAGCGCGCAAAGGAAAGGCAAGGCGUUGGAUGGACAUGCGACAUGAUUAUCUUCGAGCGGGCGUCGACUGGAAUUUUGGGAACGUGCAAAGCCCGAGCGGGUAUCGAUGAGUGCAUGCAAUGCAAUGCAUAUACCAGAUUGGACCAGAGUAGAUCAGACCAAGAUUUGUCGAUGCUUCUGCUCUCUUCUGCUCUGCUCUGCUCUAGUGUAUCCAUCGUUUCCAAGGGGUUGUCAUCGUAA